AUGGGUGUACUUGGCAUCAGAUCUGACACUGAACCCCAGCACCACAUUGACCACGGGUAGGCAAACUAAGGCCCAGGGGCCGGAUGCGACCCAAUCGCCUUCUCAAUCCGGCCCCCAGACGGUUCGGGAAUCAGCAUGUUUUUACAUGAGUAGAACGUGUGCUUUUAUUUAAAAUGCAUCUCUGGGUUAUUUGUGGGGCAUAGGAAUUCGUUCAUAUUUUCCCCCAAAAUAUAGUCUGGCCCCCAACAAGGUCUGAGGGACAGUGGACCAGUCCCCUGCUGAAAAAGUUUGCUGACCCCUGACAUUGACUCUGCAGGUUGGGCACUGGUUGUCUGUUGAGUAUUUUGAGUUUCCUUCAAGAAGAAGCAACAGUGUUCUAUAAGUGAUAGAUGAAACGGUAGAUGUAGGGAGCCUUUGGCACUCUGGUUGCUGUGGAACUACAACUCCUCCCAGCCCUAGCUAGGAUUGCUAGUGGCCAUGGGAUGCUGGGAGUUGUAGUUCUAGAGGGCCACACCUGAUUUAUGAAGUACCAUCAGUGUUCAUAUGGAUCCUUAUAUAAAAGUGUAGUUCCCUCUCCCAAGAGGCUUACAAUCGAAAUCUUGACAGGACAGGAAGGCAGCUGAGUGGUGCCAAGGUAGCAAGGGACAUAUGUGAGCUGAUACAGUUAUGCAUUAAUAUAUUUUGUUCCAGUUUAGUCUGGGGAAUUGUGAUUUAGUUGAAAGAUUCAUGGAAGAGUGGGCUUUGGGAAGGAGUCUGAAGAAAUAGGGGAAGGUGGCAUCAUAUAGGUGAUCUGGAUAGUGUUUGCCUGUCUGCAGUCUUUGCCACCUGGCCUGGAGGCUGUUGCUGCUCCACAUUACUCCAAAUUAUUUAUAACUUGAGUGGUCGUGACUGACCCAAGGUGAGCUUCAUGGCCAAGAGGGGAUUUGAACCCUUGUUUCUCAGGUACAAUACUGACAACUGCACUACACUUGUAUCAUGGCUCCUCAGUAGCACAGGAAAGGUGCAUGUGGCUCCCCUCCUUAGAUGCGCUCCAGUGCAGGUGAUGGAAAUCCCAGGCAGGUGUAAGUCCCUCCCAGGUUACCUAAUUGGUUUCACCUCCCACUUUUUCUACAGAUUCUUCCUCAAUACCAGUUUCUCUGAGCGUUUUUCAACUGAAUCAGAUAGCUGGUGGAAAGUGGCACACAAAUCAUGGGGAAAAAGUUCCUUCUCCCCACACCCAUUUGAGUACAGUAUCUAUGACCUGGUAUUUGAAAACAAUUAGUGCUGAAUCUUUGCUAAUUAAAAUCUGCCUCAGAAUAUGAAUACCAUCAUUUGAUGGAGAGGAAUAGAUUCUGUAUGCCCUAUAAUUCUGUUAUGUUUGAGUAGAGGUGAAGUGUAGUAAUGAUUAUCUCAUCAACAAGUUCUGUGGGCAUCAUUCUCUAGGUGUUGCACUGGGUUAAUAACUUUAAAAAUGACCAUAUUAACUCCUCUCUACCCCUAGAACAUAGUCAACAUUCCAAAUUAGCUGUGCCUUUGUGUAUAAGUACCUGUGCCUAAGGUGUGGUUCGUUGUUCUUGAGUUUCCAAGCCUGUGGGUGAAGUGUACAUUUGCAACUACAAAACUCAACUCUUCUGUUAGUAGAGCUUCCUCCCCAAUAAGACUGGAGGUUGGGCAGGGUUUUUUUUUUCUUUUUUUUCCCCCCCAAACACAUGGUAAAUGUAAAUCCCUGGACAGGCCCAAGAAAUGAGCAAGUGAGUUUGAAAGGCAGCUGGCAGCAGUGCAAUUGUGCUCUUGUUGUCACUGACCUCACAUGUGCCUACCAAUAUCUAUCUUGUGCUAAAUCCACACCUGCAUCAUGUUCUACCUUUCUGCAAAAACAUUUAGCUUUUCAUUUUGUGUACUUGGUACAAUUUUGGUCUGGGAAGUGGGAGUGGGGGAUGUUGGGUUAAAAACCAAAACCCUGUUAUAAAUAACACAUCUUUGUAUUUACUUCUGUUGGUUAUUUUCACAAAGUGUCCCAAGAUUGCAUUCCUUGUUUUAUAGUAAGCUAGCAUAUAUGGUUUAUAGCAGUGGUGUCCAGAUUUGAUGAAGUGGAGGGCCAUGAGGGCCGACCAAGGUUUGAAGUUGUUGAGCUUUUUUUGGGAUGGAAGAUUUACCCCAGGAAAUGAACUGCCACGUGAGCAAUGGACUUCGGACAUGUCUGGUUUAUAGUGUUACUUUUAACUAUAUAUUUAUAGUCCAUUAGUCCAUAAAUUAUAUAUUUAACUGGCCAACCUGCACAAACCUAUUGGUGAUAUGUGGCAUAAAAAUAUGGGAUGAGGACAUUUUUUCAAUUUUCCAAUGCAUCACUGUUUGUGGUUCUCUGGAGGUGAAUCUUCCUUGCAAGGCAUGACAAAGCAAGUGACUGUUUGUGAGUUUGAUUUAUCAUCUCUAUGUGCUGACCUCAUUGGGCCUCUCCGGUUUAUAGACUUUUUUUUUUUAGAAGUCCUGUUUAUUGAUUUGUAAAAUGUGAACAUAGUUAAAUAAAACGAGAGUCCGUACGUUCAAGGCUGCUUUAUCUUCUCUGUAUAUUUAUUUGCUCUUAUUGCUCACUGCAAGACCAAAAAGCACAGCUCGAAGGCCCCCUUCUGCUCCGAAACCACAUGACUUUUUGUGGAGGUAUGAUAAACAUACCUGUCCAAUGUAUGCUGUGUAAGAAAGUACAGUGAGAGGCUGCCUUUUUCUAAAUCCAAUGGUUCAUGUAGAAUCAACUACACCAACACAGGAUAAACAGGAGGCAAGUAGAAAAGGUGCCAUCAAAGCACCUUAAACAACAAUUUCACAUGCAAUGGCAUAGUUGAGGAGCAGAGCAGGCACUUUCCCUUAACCACAGAGCUGGUCAUCUUUCUGAGUGAGGUUCUCAGUACAUGUGACUGCACAGAGGAAUAACUAUAGAGAGAGACUGAUUUAUCAAUGACCCCUUUUUGAGAUGGAUGGUUUUUUGCCUUUGUGUGUGCCUGGCUUUUUGCGUGGCUUACAAGGAUGGCUAUCUGCAUAGUGGAGAGGAAGGACUUGUGCCACUCUUCCACCAUGCAGUUCAGAAGCUGUUGCUUGCAAAAAAAAUUUAAAAAAAUGCAAACCUCUAAUAUUUAUGUUCUUGGGAGAUAAAGACUGCUGCUACUUUAAAGUUAGAAACAUUUAGCUUUGCACUUGGGUUUCUAUAAAUGCUUUGUAUUUAGAAGAUUCCAGAAUCAACCUCUACCUUCACAGGUAGUCUGGGUAGCAGGGCUGGGGAAAACUUCUGCCUGAAUCUUGGAGGAGUUACUCUAUCUGUAGUAAAUAGUAUGGAUUAAUGGUUAAUGGGUUUUUUCUGCAUAAGGUAGCACUAUAUAGUCAACCAGUCCAGGAACAAGAAAUCAAAAUAUAGUUUUCACACUUCCUUCUUUACCCAGAGAAACUGGCUCUUUCUGCUUGUAAUUAGGCAGCCCUCAUCUUAGGUCAGUCUUGCCCAACCUGGUAGCUUCUAGACAUUUUGGACUAAAGCUUCCAUCAGCCCCAGCCAGCAUGUUCAGUGGUUAGGAGUGAUGGAAGUUUUAGUCCAGCAGCAUACGGAGGGGGCACCAGGUUGUGGAAGUUUGCUUUAAGUAUGAUUAAUUAUGAUAAAUCUAAAGUUUUAGUUUUUACUCAGAGAUGAUGCAAACAUUGCUGGCAAAUCAAUGGAAAACCAAUUGAACAGGUUAAAUUUUACAAAUAUCUGAGAAUAGCAUUUCAAGCUACCAGCUCUUGGAAAACACAAGUGUUGUAUGCGACUGUAGAUGCACAACAGAGCUAUAAUUCACUCAUCUCUUUCUUUUAUGUCAAGGUAGGCCAGCAUGCCCCCUUAUCAAUUCAAGUGUUCAGUUUUAAGAUAUUACCACAAAUGCUGUAUGGAGCACAAGUAUGAACGUUUAACUGGAUUGAAGCUUUAUAAUCUGUCUAAACAAAAUUUUUGGAAAGUAUUCUUGGCCUUUCAAGAUGUGUGUCCAAUGUACUUUUAUGAUUGGGGGCUGGACAAAUUUCUAUUGAAUCUCAGGUCUUGAUAUAUAAGCUAAAAUUUUGGUUAAAACUGCUGUUCAUGCCUAAAGACUCCUGCAGCCAAUCGGAAGCCCCGUUGGAUGUUUGGCUUCCAAAAAUAGUUCACAAACCAGAACAGUCACUUCUAGGUUUGCAGCGUUCAGGAGCCCAAACAUUUGAGAACUAAGCUGUUCGAAAACCAAGGUAUGAGUUUAUAGGUGAAGAGUGUCUCUUGGCUGCUCAAAAACUAGUGUUGAAUAUUUAGAAUCAAGGCAAAGUUUCUGUUAUGUCUAUAACUCAUAACAGAAGCCCUUUCAUUUGGCAUUGCUCAGAGUUGGAAUGCUGUAUCCAGCAUUUCUUCCUCCUCAAUCUACAGUGAAAUUGCUGUGGAUAAAUUUAUGUUUAAUUGGUUCUGUUUAAGAAAAUAUUGGAAAGCUAUUUGUACAAUUUUUCUACAUUAGCCUUAUUCCCCAGUGUCAUUUUCUGUCAAAGAUGUUUGUUGGUACUUUUUUAAAAAAUAUAUGUUAAGUUGGGGCCCCUAGAAGGUAGGACAGGGUGAUAUAUCAAUAUAGCAUCCAAAACCAGUUUAAUGAUAUUGGUUGCAUAAUUUUUGACCUGGCAAUAUAUCGCAAAUUGUGAAAUGUGUGCGCUAAGCAAAAAUCACAAUACGGAAAAAACUGAAGUGAGACAAUGCAUCUACAUAGCUCCAUCCUUAUUUCAGACAUUGUGAUAUAUCAGUAUAUUGUGAUGUUUAACUGGUGAUAUAUUGCAGUGUUGAAAAUCAGAUAUCGCCCAGCCCUAGAAGGUAGGGUAUGGACCAUCAAAUUAUCUCUUUCUUGAUGGCAUCCUUGCAAAAAAAGGGGGGUAAACCGGGUGUGCAUCAGUCCAGUUGAGCAGGUUUUGCUUCCAGGCAAGGUGGAGCUCAUGAGUUCUGGCAGAAUUGAUCUGGGAUGAGAUCCUAAGUAUGCACUCAUGUGCUGUGUAUCUUAAGAUAAUUUGGUGGAUGGCCUUGGAUAUGCUGUGUCUCAAGUACUUGCUGUUCAUCAUACAAAGAGUAUACAUGCAACUCUGACAUUUAGUACAGAAUUGUGAUUACUUUGAUGGGUAGGUUUCUAGUUCUCUUGAUGGUGAGGAUUUGUGCAGAAACUGGCUUUGAGUUGGUCAUAAUUAAGUAUAACAGAGUGUGGGGCAGACAGAUCUGAUGUUCAGGGCACAGUUCAUGGAGAACUUCUGUGGCAAAAGCAUUACUGAAAUGAAAGGGAGCUGUACAACAGCACGCUGCACUACUUGAUUUAUUUUUAAUACUGUACAUAUUUAUGGUACAGUGGUGCCCCGCAAGACGAAUGCCUCGCAAGACGGAAAACUCGCUAGACGAAAGAGUUUUCCGUUUUGGAGGUGCCUCGCAAAACGAAUCUGCUAUGGGCUUGCUUCGCAAGACGAAAAUGUCUUGCGAGUUCCUGGGUUUUUUUUUCCUUUUCCCCCUCUUUUUCUAAGUCGCUAAGCCGCUUAUCUGCUUAUCCGAUAAGCUGAUAAGCUGCUAAAAGCCGCUAAUAGCGCUAAUCCGCUAAUCCGUCAAUGGGCUUGCUUCGCAAGACGAAAAAACCGCUAGACGAAGAGACUCCCAGAACGGAUUCUUUUCGUCUUGCGAGGCACCACUGUACUUUGUAAAUGUGUCAAGGUCCAUGUAAUAGAGUUAUUGUUCCUUGCAUGGAUAUAUACCUGUCCCAUAUAGCUGUCACUUCUGUAAAUUAACUCAUCAAGACAAGAACAGAUUCCUACCCCCCACAAAAAGGUUGCAUAUUGAUUUUAUUCAUACAGAAUGAGCAAACUUGCAUAACUUAUUCUAACUGCACAAUUUGCAUUUUCAAGGCCCAAAUCGGGAUUUGGCUCUUUUAUAGCCAUUUCAGCAUAACAGUUCAGCAAUUUUGCUAUUACAGUAAAUGCAAAUAUAUAUUUAAUUCAUCUGUUGUGAAACUAUUGUUAUGCCUUUGGGAUCAUGUACAGUGGUACCUCUGGAUACGAACUUAAUUCGUUCCGGGAGUCAGUUCUUACCCCCGAAACAUUUGCAUCCAGAGGCGUGCUGUUCUGCGCAGGUGCUGGUGGUGGUAGCUCGCUUCUGCGCAGGUGGCGGAAAACUUUCCUUUACUUCCGGGUUUGCCGCAUGUGUAGCCCAAAGCAUUCCCAAAGGGGGCGGUUCGUAUCCAGACGUAGCACCGUACAUGCCUUUAAUUCCUAAGCAACCAGAUGGCUCUGACAAUGCACAGCUUUGAGACAUCAUUAAUAUGCAAGAAGAUGCAUAUGCAUUCAUCAUAUAAAUCUAUUUGAAUUGGCUUUUAGAGCUCUCUCUGAGUGUUGUGGAAUAUAUAUGAUUAGUUUUUGUGUGCAGUGUAGACCAUAUACAGAACUGUGCUUUUUUAUAUAUAUAAAAAAGAAGUAAAUAAUGUUUUCUCUGUUUGGAAAAAAACUAAAUCACAAGAAGGAAGGAAUUGUAUUGGGGGAAGGAGAAUUGUGCUGCUUUGUUCUUUCCCGAGAAGGCCUCAUUUGGGUGGAAAUAAUUGAAUUUUCCCAUUUAAUAAAAACCGAAUAUUGAAAUCUACUUCUUAACAGUAAAGUUGGCUUGACUAUAUUGUCUGUGCAGCUCAGAUACUGAACUGUGGAGGGAAAGUCUUCUGAAGUUUGGUCAAGUUGAAAAGAUGGCAGCAUUUUACUUCAUCUGUCCUCUAUUUGCCAUUUUCUGUAGAUUUUAAAUUAUUUCAAAAUAAAAAAGGCUUUUGUGUCUUCCGAUAUCUGAGAACAGAUGAACAAGGAAACAUUAAUGUGAUUAAUUUGGCAGAAAAGAUAACUCUAAUGCUUAAUACUGUAUACUUAUGAUUUUUUUGUAUUGAAACUUGACUGUUAAUACAGCAACUUAUAUUAGAUAAUUCCUUUUAUAUCUCCUUUAUUUUAAAAGACAGUUUAUUUAUCUCAUUGUUAUAUUUCUCUACUACCUCUCAUGCAAGGUGAUCACAGUAGUAUAUGUGGCCUUCCUAUAUAAGCUCCCAUCCAGGUACCAGUCUAACCCAAAAAUGGAAUUAUAUCAGGUACUUGCAGAUAAUAUUCUGUGCUGGCUGUUGGUGAUCCCAUGCCUAUUGGUUUGGAAGCAAAAUGGAGCCUGAAAUAUUUUCACCUAGGAGGAAAGGCUGCAACUUUGGGGACUUUUUAGUUUAGAAAAAAUAUGAGUAAGAGGUGAAAUGAUAGAAGUUUAUAAAACUAUUUAUGUAAAGAAAAAGUGGAUAGAAAAGUUUUCUCUCCCUCAUAACACUAGAACUUGUGGACAAGCAGUGAAGCUGAAUGUUAGAAGAUUCAAGACAGAUAAAAGAAAGCAAUUCAUGUAGCUCCUAGGUAAACUGUGGAACUUGCUCCCAUAGGAGGCAGUGAUGACCACCAGCAUGGAUAGCUUUAAAAGAGAAUUGGACACAUUCAUGGAGGAAAGGGUUAUCAAUGGCUACUCUGCCUCCACAAUUGGAGGCAGAAAUGCUUCUGAAUACCAGAUGCUGGAAACCACAGGAAGGGAGAACGCUCUUGUGUUUGCGUCCUGCUUGCAGGUUUCCCACAGGCGUCUAGUCCCAUGAGAACAGGAAGCUGGACUACAUGGGCCAUUGGUCUGAUGCAGCAGGCUCUUCUUAUGUUCUUAUUGAGUCAUAAAUAAAAAGAGAGGUGUAUUUAAAAAGAGAAGGGGGUGCAAGGGCUUAUGUUCAAUGACUUACAGACCUGUGGAAUAUUGGGAAGGGGAGAACACAAGAGCUAAGAGCAUGCAUAGACAAACUAAGACCCAGGUGCCAGAUCCGGCCAAUCACCUUCUAAAUCCGGCCCGUGGACAGUCCGGGAAUCAGUGUGUUUUUACAUGAGUAGAACGUGUAAUUUUAUUUAAGAUGCAUCUCUGGGUUAUUUGUGGGGCCUGCCUGGUGUUUUUACAUGAGUAGAACGUGUGCUUUUAUUUAAAAUGCAUCUCUGGGUUAUUUGUGGGGCAUAGGGAUUCGUUCAUUCCCCCACCCCCACAGAUAUAGUCCGGCCCCCCACAAGGUCUGAGGGACAGUGGACCGACCCAUGCCUGAAAAAGUUUGCUGACCCCUGGCUAAGGGGGUAUGACUGGCCUGCUUGAAUUGCUAACAAUGUAUAGUGUAUAGUGUACUAGAAGAUCAUUUAUGGUUAGGGAUGUGUGCUGUGAGGUUAAAAAACAUCUAUUUGUUCUUUGAGGUGGUUUCCAGAACACCACUUCUUUUCCAUUUGUUAUACAGCAAUAAGGUGCUUGGGAUCAAGGCUGGCAGCCAGCACAGUGUGUAGAAAAGGUUUCAGGGUGGUAGGAAAUAAAGGUUUCCUCUCCCUACCCCUCCCACAUGAGACCUGAACAGUUUUCUGGAAAAAUCAGAUAUGCCCGAGACCAAAGGUUCAUUGAAGACUGGGGAAAGUUUGUAGAGUAUCUGAAAAAUGUAUGCGAUAUACAAACAACGCUAGUGGGGUUUCGAGAGGCGGUCCCUGCUCCUGCCAACCUAGCAGUUCGAAAGCACGUCAAAGUGCAAGUAGAUAAAUAGGUACCGUUCCAGCGGGAAGGUAAAUGGCAUUUCCGUGCGCUGCUCUGGUUCGCCAGAAGCGGCUUAGUCAUGCUGGCCACAUGACCCAGAAGCUGUACACCGGCUCCCUCGGCCAAUAAAGCGAGAUGAGCGCCGCAACCCCAGAGUCGGCUAUGACUGGACCUAAUGGUCAGGGGUCCCUUUACCUUUAAUGUGCAUUAAUAGCUUGCAAUAAAGCAAAUAACUUUAGUUUGGCAAAAGUUGUUGUUUUUCUUUCACCUAGCAGGUUUUGAAAGGAAAACACUUGAGAUAGGCUAUCUCUAAACCACGAAAGGAAGGAACCUCAGUGUAUUGCAAGAUCAUCUGUAACCCAUUGCAUCUGUAAUGUUGCAUGCCAUACAAGUUUGCUUCAGCAAUACUUGGGAUCAACAGUGCUGCUUAAAGCAUUUGUUCAGAUUGUGUUUCCUUUCCUUGCCUGUCCAGCUCUGCACUCAGUGUACUCUUUCAAGGCUUGAUUCCCAAUCAACUAGGAGGAGAGAGUCCUUAAGAUUUCUGAUACGAACAAGUGUUAGUAGCUUUGGGUCACUGAAACUGCUAAUUGCAAAAUUAUGUAGAGAAAACGUUCACUAGCAAACUACCUACUCACAAACUUGUCAGUUUAGUACUACUAUAUGUAACACUACACAAGUCACAUCCCACGUUACUUUGAAUUUAACAUUUCAGAUGUAUGUAAAAGGGAAAGUCUUAUUGCUGCAUGUAAAAACUAUUGUUUGCUACUGCUUGUAUUUUCGGUCUCAACAAUGUAUAGAUUGUAUGCAGUGUAAGUUGCUGUGCAUGUCAAUGGACUGCUUUCAAUCUUUAAAGCACCAGGCAUUUUUAAGUUCUGAUUUAUAAGUACUUCUUUUUGUGGCUUUUGCAGGUUACACCAUACACCAGAAGACAUGGACAGCAGCAGUUUAAUCCAGUUUGAUGUUCCGGAGUACAGCAGCACCGUACUGAGCCAAUUGAAUGAGCUCCGCCUGCAGGGAAAGCUUUGUGAUAUCAUUGUGCAUAUUCAGGGUCAGCCGUUUAGAGCUCACAAAGCUGUCCUAGCUGCCAGUUCUCCAUAUUUCCGUGACCAUUCUGCAUUAAGUACCAUGAGCGGCCUCUCAAUAUCAGUUAUUAAAAAUCCCAGUGUCUUUGAACAGUUGCUUUCUUUUUGUUACACUGGAAGGAUGUCUUUGCAACUGAAGGAUGUUGUUAGCUUUCUAACUGCAGCUAGUUUUCUGCAGAUGCAGUGUGUCAUUGAUAAGUGCACACAGAUACUUGAAAGUAUCCAUUCAAAGAUUAGUGUCGGUGAAGUUGACUCUGUCACUGUUGGUGCUGAAGAUGCUCCGGAAAACCACAACGGUGUUAAAGAUGACAGUUAUUUUGCCAAUCCAGUGGAAAUCUCUCCUCCCUAUUGCUCUCAGGUGCGGCAGUCUACUUCAGGCAGUGAUUUAAGAAUGGAAACAACUUCCAACAAAUCUUUCCGUAACCGUCUACAAGAAGAAGGGCACUCAGACCGUGGUAGUAGCGGGAGCAUUUCAGAAUAUGAGAUUCAGAUUGAAGGUGAUAAUGACCAAGGGGACUUGGUAGUCAGAGAGAGCCAGGCUGCUGAGGUGAAAGUUAAAAUGGAAAAAUCUGACCGGCCAAGUUGCUCAGAUAGCUCUUCUCUUGGUGAUGAUGGAUACCACACUGAAAUGGUGGAUGGCGAGCAAGUAGUGGCUGUUAACAUUGGCUCCUACAGUUCUGUAUUGCACAAUGCCUACUCCUUAUAUUCCCACGGCUCAUCCCAAUCUGCUAAUGCACCUGACACCUUUGGAAGCCUAAGAAACUCAAGCUCUUCAAGAUCCAUGCUAGGUUCUCUUAGAGGCCGCGGCCGUCAAAAACGGAUCUCUACUAGCUACUUGCAUAGUGAUGUUUCAGCACAAGGAGCUGAUGGAGAAUCUGCAGCGAAUCACCCAGGUUAUGAAAACAGCCCACGGGAAAGGAAUUCAAGAGGUCACUGGUAUGCAUACAGUGAAAGAUUAAUCUGUAUAUACUGUGGGAAGUCUUUCAACCAGAAAGGGAGUCUUGAUAGGCACAUGAGGCUGCACAUGGGAAUAACCCCCUUUGUGUGCAAAUAUUGUGGGAAGAAGUACACGCGCAAGGACCAACUCGAGUACCAUAUCCGUGGCCACACAGAUGACAAACCUUUCCGCUGUGAGGUCUGUGGAAAAUGUUUCCCUUUCCAGGGAACUUUAAACCAGCACCUGCGAAAGAAUCAUCCUGGUGUAGCAGAAGUAAGAAGCAGAGUUGAGUCUCCAGAAAGAACAGAAGCCUAUAUCGAACAGAGAGAUGAUGAUGCUUCAGCCUCUGAAACGCUGGAUUAUAGCAUGGAUAUACAGACAUCUGAUUAA